CCACUCUUGACCCAAGUUCCAAGCCGCUUAAGCGCAGCUGUCAGCAAUGGCUGAAUCGGAGAAGCCUGGUAUCAUGCGGCAGGUGAUGCAGAAGGUGUCUCGAGUCUUUAACAAAUCCUUGAUGCGAAAGGGCAGUAGUAAGAAGGCAGAGCUCGAUGCGGACAGUGACUUUGAUCCAUCAGAUGAUGAGUUGCCGCUGUCGAAACGGGCGAACCUCCUGCGAUGCCGUGAUUCCAGGAUGAUUUGCCAAGACAGUUUCGAGUUGCGCCGCGCCUUCCCGGGCUUGGACAUCAACCCACGGCUGAUCUUCGACCAUCCGAGCAUCGAGCAGCUCUCUGAGGCCAUUGUGAAGUUACCGGAAAGGAGCGAGGCUGGCAACACCAGCACAGGUGGGAGCACUGGAGAGUCAAGUGCUACCUAUGUUUCCAGAUUUACUCAGCUCACACACGGUGAGGCUCCGGAGUUCAAAUAUGGGAGUACAUCCAUUGAGGACAUUUUCGUGCGCAAGAGUGAUGGCAUGGAAUGUGUCAUGAUCCCAGCCGCGCGGGCACGAAUUGGAAAUGACGGGAUGCACUACCAAGCUGGUGACAAUGAGGGCCCCAGUCAUGAGGUCGAGUUGGAUGCGUUCUUGAUGGAUAUUGAACCUGUGUGUGUUGGUGCUUACGCGCGGUUCCUCAACCUAGUGAAUCCAAACCAAGAUCAGCUAAGUGACUGGUGCAUUUUGCCAGAGGAGGACGAACGAUGCUGCCAUGUGCCCAUUAUCUUCACUGAAAAUGGCUGGCAAGCAAAAACUGGUGUGCCUGCCAACUGGCCUAUGAUUUUGGUGUCAUGGUAUGGCGCUAAUGCCUAUGCUUUAUGGACGCAUGGACAGGAUUGGUCCCAGUACAAGAGUGCAGCCGUGAGUUUUCUGCCCACUGAAGCACAAUGGGAAUACGCUGCGCGUGGCCCCAAAACCGCCAAAUUCCCCUGGGGAGAUUCAGAUGCCAGUGAGGAGUUGCUGAACGUUUGCUGGGAAAUUAGCACCUAUGAGGGAGUGAGUCAUGUUGCAACUCCUUUGACGGAGUUGCCCAUCGUGGCUGUGAACCUGCAGCUGGGUGUGUCACCUUUUGGUUUGCGCGGCAUGGCUGGAAAUGUUUGGCAAUGGUGCCGGGAUAGCUACCACGAGAACUUUUACCUCUCCUCAGAGGCUUCGUUUCCCAACGCGUGGAACAGCGAGGGUGACGCCAAGAGCGAACGCGGAGGGAGUUGGGUGGGCCCAUGUGAUUUGGCGCGCAGCAGCUACCGCCGUGGUCGCAUCCCAGAAGCCAAAGGCAGAUGCCUGGGCUUCCGAUGUGCGGUGAUGGUGGCAGAUGCGCCAGGGAUGUAAAACGAAAAUAAGUGAAACAUUGGUGAAACAUAUUGAACAACAAGAAAAUAAGUGAAGUUCAAUGAAGGUAACCUCAAAGAAGGUGUCCUUCGAGCCCUUCUUUGGGCUGGUAGCUAGUUGGGAUGGCGAUGCUUCCAUGAUGCUGCUUCGAGAUGUUUCCAUUGGCAGCCUUAGACAUGGAUGCUACCUGAAUUGUUUGAAUCUGCGGAGCAAAA